GUCAACCGGAGUGUGAAUGAAGAGUUUCCUGGGGUUUAGGGUUUGACAGGAGACUGAGUUGGCUAUAUUCCGUCACCACGACGAUUCUAGUCCUUUUCGAAUCAGGCUCUUCUGUCAGCGUGCUCGGUCGUGAAAUUUUGUUCUUGCUUGUCUAGCCGGUUGUCUAUUCGCACCUGCCAAGAUGGGUCGAUCUAUGCGAUCCUACAAGAAGGGGAAACCCACUGUGCGCGUCGGGUUGCCGUCCAAGAAAAGAGGCGCUGGAUCCAAACCGAGCAUGCUCGCUCAGUACGCAGCUCAUGGCUUCGUGGCCAAUCCCAACGUACUCGGCGCACGAGAUAGAACCGCUCAUUCUGUGCAAAGUACAGAUCUGCAGACUGUGAAGAUGGACAUGGACUCAAAAUUCAACAGUGAUGAUGAAGAUGAUGACGUUAAAUCUGCACUGAACAAGCUUCGUAAGGACGGCAAGAAAGCACCCGUCAAGCGGCUUACAAAGAUGCAGAGAGUAUACUUUUCUCGGCUUAUUCGAAAGCAUGGCACUGACUUUCAGGCCAUGGCGAGGGACAUAAAAUUAAACGAGAUGCAGCAUCCGGAGGCUACUCUUCGGAAGUAUUGUUCUCAGUUUCAUGCGUAUGAGAAACUACCCGAGGAAGUCAAGUUACCUGAGGUUACUACUGAGUAAUUGUAGGGCCUCCCGACUGUAUGUAACCACCAGAGCGCUUGAUUGGGAACCCGAGGAUCAUACGCCAAACAUGAGCGAUGCUUUGCAUUCGGGUCCACUACUGGGACUCCUCAGCUGAAGUAUUUUUGAUAUAUGCAAUGUGCCGCGUAAUACGUACUCGUGAGUAACAUCCCAUGAACCUUGGGAGGUGAUUCGGAGGAGUUGUGAAAUCGACAGACAACUUUUCUUCUGAAAUGCACGCCAGGAGAGGGUCGACAACUCUUGUCGUGGUUUCUAACUGUAUGUUGGAUGGUUCAAAGGAUCAGUAUUGGCAAACGCAUACUUCAAUGUGAGGAGCGAGCAAUGCAAGACUGUCUUCCAGUUUUUAAUGUACUAUAAAUUAGCCAGAGGAUUCAGUGGAUAGUUAGCCAGGCUUAAAUCGAGAAACAAGUGUCAUGUUAACGAAAUAUCAUGUUACUCAUAUCAUUAUUUCGCCUAUUUGAUCACCGUUUCCACACAGAAGCGA